AUGUCCUCGCCAGGCUCCACCACCUCUUUGCCCAGCGGCCUGUCUGUCCUGACGACUUUCCCGGAUGUGCUCUUCAUUCCUGAAAUUAUCUUUGGGGGCCUUGUCUGGAUCCUGGUGGCAUCCUCGAAGGUCCCGUUCCCCAUAGUGCAAGGCUGGGUGAUGUUUGUCUCUGUGUUCUGCUUCGUCAUGUCCAUCAUCCUCCUGUGCCUCUACAUCUGCAGUGUGCAUGGGGGCAGCAGCUUCUGGGUCACCUUGGAUGCCAUCUGCCAGUCGACAGCAGCUCUGUUCUACCUCAGUGCUGCUGUGUUGGAGGCCUACUCCACCUAUGCCUUUCGUAUUACAGAACUAGGCCUCAUCUACCGGGAGAACAUUGCUGCAGUGGUAUUUGCAUUCUUAGCUACCCUGGUGUACGUGAUCCAUAAGGUGUUCUCGCUCCUGCGAUGGAAAUCAUCCUAAGAGCCUCCCCUUGCAAAUGUCUUGUAGUCACUCCAUGAACAUGGAAGUUGUUCAAUGGCUGCAGUUUCCAGGCUGGGUUUGGGUUUUGUUUUCUAAUGUAAAUACUAUAAAACAAGAAGCUUUCCAUGUGGGACCAUGGCAAUGAGGACAAAAAGCCUACCAGAGUAAGCUAUAUGCCGCACAAUCCGUUUCCCUUCACUCUCUUCUGGGUUGGUACAGUUUGAUGCUGGUAACUGGGAUCCAAAUAGAAAACACCCAAUUUUAAAA